UCUCUGCUAAAAAGCAAUAUGGCGACUAAUGGUGACAGCCAGGCUAUUUCGAUCUGUCAAAAAUAGUAGUAUAUUUUUGUCAUUUCAGAUAUUAGAGAAAUAUCUAGCGAAUUUUGAAAGCGAGAGGGAUCUGAUAUUCAAUUAAAUUGUUAUUUCCUAUCGUUCUCCCCGUGUCUAGGAGACAAUGACUCGAUCUUCUGUAUCGGCACAAUGUGACCUAGUCGCCUCGUAUAUGGACGGCGUUCAUGUCAAAAUCGCGGAAGCCUACAAACCGCCGAGAAAGAUUGGUCUGCCAGCUGCGUACAACAAUCGUUUGCCUGAUGUCUCAAAGUUGACGUAUGACUUCAGUUUGGAAAAAUCGGUACUCAAGAAGAUGUGUGAAUGGCGCAAGGCUAGACAGGCCUACAACAAAGCCCUUCAAUUUCGAUUGAAGGAAAAAAGAAAAAAGGAGAAAAAGGAGACUCCUCCAUUAUCGUCGCUGGAUUGCGGCGAAAUAAAACAACAACCUAUCAAUACACCUGCUCCGGAAACGACAAUACUUACACCACAACCUUUGUCACCUCCUGCAAAUGAUCUUCAAGAUCAUGUGAAGACCAAUGGAGAUCUGGACUAUGCCGAUUUCGAUAAUGACACAAGUAGCCCCUUUGACAAUAUGGAACUAAAAACUAUCAACGAUAUGGAGGAAUUAGCACAGGUUUUACAACCUAGAUCACAAUGGAUACCAGCAGGAAAAUUGGAGAAUAUUAUAAAUGAAUUAACAAUCGAUGAUACUUCGGAAAUUUCUAAAGAAGAGAAAGUUGACAAUACGAAAACUCAAGUAGACAGUCAAGCUGACGAGGAUGAAUUAGCUAAUGUUGAAAAUUAUCGUAGCAUUUCAGCAAUAAUGCAGGAACUUCAAAAGGAAUUGGAACGGCCUGUUAUGGAGAAUUGGAAGCCGUGGCCCGAUUUGGAGAGUCCAGAUAGUGACGGGUGCGCAACUGCAAGACACGAUGAUGCGUUAUCAUCGAAUCACGCAAAAUCACCAACGGAUUUAUUGUCGAAUAUGACGGAGGAUGAUUUAAAGUUGGUGAUACAGUUGAAUGACAUGGGAUUUCCCAAAUGCAGAGCGGCACGCGCGGUGUUGGAACUGGGUCGUGUACAUGAAAAGAAAAUAGUAGAAUACCUAUUGGCCAUCCAAUCUCUAGAGGAAAGCGGUGUUCCGAAUGAAUAUGCCGAGAAAGCGCUGAUACUCGCACAGCACGAUCAAUCCAAAGCAAGAAUCUACUAUGAGAAUUUAUGUACAUUGAAAAGUUUAGGAUUCCAUGAAGAUGAAGUCUCCGCGGCAUUAGUGAAGUGUAAUUUUGAUCGCGACAAAGCGUUAGAUAUUUUGAUCGCUUGA